CCAUAAUUUUGAAUGAAAUGACAGGUUGUACCAAAAAAAUUAUUGACAUCCGUCUAUCACCGAUAAUUUUGAAUGAAAUGACAUAGUCGCGAAACAUUUACUCUUCAUCCCUUCCUCCUUUCUUAGAACCUUCUUCCCCAAAACCCAUCACCUCUAUUUCAAGGUUGACCCAUCACAAACUCCAUUUCCUUCAUACCAAUGGGAAUCAUCUCCUUUGCCUUAACAGGCACAGCUUUCAUCCUCCUAGGUUCUCUCCAAUCUCUCCGCGCUUCUCAACCAAACAAACUCAACAAACUCUUUCACAUCACUCUCUCAAUCUUCACCUCUUUCAUCACACUAUCCUCAAUCGUUUCAAUUCUCAACGCCAAAACCUCAAACGACGUCGUUGCGUUACCACUUCAUCUUCAAACCCUACCAAUCUCAUCACUCUUCCUAAUCCACUCUCUUCUCUCACUCUUUCUUCCUUUUCUCCCUUCGCCUUUGCUUAACCUAAUCACCGCCUUCGGUUUCGCCGAAGAAUUUCUCUUGUUUUAUCUCCAGAGAAAAGAUCCUACCGGAAUCGAGAAUCGGUAUUAUGAUUUGUUGUUAGUUCCUAUUGCUGUUUGUGUUUUCUCUACUUUGCUUGAAUUGGGAUCUUAUGAAUCGAAUAUACCGCAAUUGGGACGGGGAAUUGGGCUUAUUUUGCAAGGGACUUGGUUUGUUCAAAUGGGAUUUUCUCUGUUUUCUUCGUAUUUUGUUGCGGAAGGGUGUAAUUUGCAUUUUGUUAGUCAAGGGAAUUAUAGUUUGAGAUGUAAGGGGCAUCCGGAAUAUCAUAGAGCUAGAGCUAUUGCUACGCUUCAGUUUAAUUGUCAUCUUGCUCUUAUGGUUGUUGUGCUUGUUGGGUUUUAUUCCUUUACUUGCGGCAAAAUCGGAGAUUUGGGGCGUUCUUCGACGGAGGGUUUGAAGUAUACGCCGCUUGGUGCUGAGAUGCAUUCUUUGGAGAGUUCUGUGGAGAAUUUUACGUUGGAUUCUGAGGAUGAUGAUCAAGAGGUUAAGGAUGGUAAUGCAGGGAGGGAGAAGGUGAUCAAUGGUGUUAAUGGUAAUUCCUCUUAUCAUUGAAACUUCAACUUGUUUGUUGUGUUUACAUUCUGGUAAAAGCAAUGGGACAAGUUAGUUGUUCACUUUGUGUAGAGGGGUUUCUGAUUUCUAGUUGGGUUUUGGGUGUAUCUCUAUGUAACAUAAUGCUGUUAGGUUCAAAUAAUAUGUGAUUUCUAGUAGUGUGGAUCGUAGAGAACAGUUUUUUUUUCCAAAUUCUGCUAUGCAAUGGUGAUAUAUAAUGCUGCUUUA